AUGCAACAAGCAACUGGGAACGAAUUACUGGGUAUCCUAGAUCUGGAUAACGAUAUAGACUUUGAAACUGCUUACCAAAUGCUCAGCAGUAACUUCGACGACCAAAUGUCUGCGCACAUACAUGAAAACACGUUUAGUGCAACUUCCCCUCCUCUGUUAACACACGAGCUCGGCAUAAUUCCUAACGUAGCAACCGUGCAACCCUCUCACGUAGAAACUAUACCUGCCGAUAACCAAACUCAUCAUGCUCCUUUGCAUACUCAUGCACACUAUCUAAAUCACAACCCUCAUCAACCAAGCAUGGGUUUUGAUCAAGCGCUUGGUCUCAAGUUGUCUCCUUCCAGUUCGGGGUUGUUGAGCACGAAUGAAUCGAAUGCCAUUGAACAGUUUUUAGACAAUCUAAUAUCACAGGAUAUGAUGUCUUCCAACGCUUCCAUGAACUCCGAAUCACAUCUACAUAUAAGAUCACCAAAAAAGCAGCAUAGGUAUACCGAAUUAAAUCAAAGAUAUCCUGAAACACAUCCACACAGUAACACAGGGGAGUUACCCACAAACACAGCAGAUGUGCCAACUGAGUUCACCACGAGGGAAGGACCUCAUCAGCCUAUCGGCAAUGACCACUACAACCCGCCACCGUUUUCAGUACCUGAGAUACGAAUCCCAGACUCUGAUAUUCCAGCCAAUAUCGAGGACGACCCUGUGAAGGUACGGAAAUGGAAACACGUUCAAAUGGAGAAGAUACGAAGAAUAAACACCAAAGAAGCCUUUGAAAGGCUCAUUAAAUCAGUAAGGACCCCACCGAAGGAAAACGGGAAAAGAAUUCCCAAGCAUAUUCUUUUAACUUGUGUAAUGAACGAUAUCAAGUCCAUUAGAAGCGCAAAUGAAGCACUACAGCACAUACUGGAUGAUUCCUGA